AUGGCGUACAGCCUUGCAGUGUCCUAUGCUGGACAGGGUCUAAUAGAUGGCUUCAAUUUCGUGUCCAUCCCGGACCCGAACGACGGCUUCGUGGCCUACCAGAACCUCCCCAGCGCCCUGGCCUAUGGCUACGUCUCCAUCAACCCAAACACGAGCGCCGUCAAGCUCAGCCCCGACAGCACCAACAGGUACGACCCGGACGGCUCCCUGGGCGGCCGUCCCAGCAUCCGGAUCGAGAGCAAGCAGGUGGUGAACCAGGGGAGCAUUGUCAUCGGCGACUUUGCCCAUAUGCCGGGUUCACAGUGCGGGACGUGGCCAGCGUUCUGGAUGUACGGCCCGGACUGGCCCUCAGGGGGAGAAAUUGAUAUAAUAGAGGGUGCCAACCAGGUAUACCGCAACCUGAUAUCCGCCCACACCGGCGAGGUCUGCACACUACCCAGUUCAGGGCUCUAUACCGGGACACAGCAGUUCAAAAACUGCACAUACGACGAGGAUAUCGGGCUCGUCGAGGGCUGUAACUAUAUUCCGCCGACAACGGACUCCUCCUCGUACGGUGACAAUUUCAAUGCCGUCGGAGGCGGUGUAUACGCCACGGAAUGGACCAGCCAGUCCAUCAAGAUCUGGCACUGGCCCCGGAACAAGAUCCCCCAGGACAUCGUGAACAAGAAGCCCGACCCGAGUACAUGGGGCGCGCCGCAGGCGCUGUUUGGCGACAGCGGCGACCCAGACUCAUGUGACAUAGGCAUGAGCUUCUACAACAUGAGCAUUGUGCUGAACGUCGAUUUCUGCGGCUCAUACGCGGCUGGCAACCAGUGGGGAAGCAGCUCGUGCUACUACUACUCGUCGUCCUGCGAGAUUUGGGUUGGCAACACUCCUUCAGCAUUCCAGAACUCGUACUGGGAGGUGAACUACAUCGACGUGUAUAGCCAAGGCUUCGUUUUGCCAUCCUCCACGCCCGGUCUCCCAGCGACGAGCGGCGGCCCAGGUCUGCCAACUUCUGCAGUGGUGCCCACAACGAUCGCGACACCGCCCGCUUCCGGUGCCAGCUCUGGCUCUGGUCCGGUAGAUACUCUGGUGCCGCCGCCGGGAUCAAGCGGUGGUUCCGAAGGCGGCUCAGCACCUACUCUGGUGCCUUCAGGACCAGGUCUCUCCGUUGCCCCCUCUGGAAACACCUUGCCUCCCAACAGCCCAUCUGGCGGCGUCUUCCCGACCACUCCUGUGUCAUCCUCGCCCUUGCCGACAGAUAGCUUGGUCCCCGAGAGAGACCCAGCUACCAUCGGCAGUUUCGCCCUGCUGGGCUGCUUCGCGUCGACCACCCGGUUCAGCACGUUCACCUUGUCCGGUGACGAUGGCUCCAUGACACCGGAGGUCUGCGUGGCACUGUGCCGGAGCAGAGUAUAUGCGGGAGUGCACGAUAGAACAUGCUAUUGUGCUGACGCCCUCGAUGCCAGCACGUCUGCGAUUCCAGACCGCAGCCUCUGCAACAUACCGUGCCCUGGAAACCCGGGCCAGUUCUGCGGUGGCAACAAUCCUCUCGCGGUUGGGAAACGUGACGCACCAAACAGUUUCCUUCUUACUGUCUAUGUCAACCUCGCGGGCCCACCCGCUGUGAUCCCGCCGCCAGCACCGGGUCUGGGCGGCGUCCCCGGCCUGACGCAGACCAUCACCACCACGAUCACGUAUACAGCGGUCUGCCCUACGAACCCAGCUUUGCUGGUCACGCAGGAGUACUGCACCACGCUCAAGGACUGCGCUCGGUGCGCCAAACCGAGUGUCCCCAUGACCGCAGUAACUCAGACCUGCAACAAAUGCGGCAAGAAGGGGGAGUCUUCUGUGACGCUGACUGUACCGUGUGGGGUCGCAUCUGGAUGGGCGAAUGGAGGCGAUCUUGGCUGGCAGAAGCCUGGUUGGCAGAAGCCUGGUCCAAAACCAGGUGACGUUGGUCCUCCAACACCAGGAGGAGGUCCUGGCCAACUGCCUGUGCCCAAGCCUCCAAUGCCCGGUGCCCCGCCUGUCGGGCCCGUGGGGCCUGUCGGCCCAGUUCCUCCAGUUCCUCCAGUUGCUCCUAUUGUCCCAGUGGUUCCUGGUGCUCCUCAGGCUCCUCAGGCUCCUGCCGCCCCAGGCGCCCCGGGUGGUGGUGGACAGGCACCAGGUCCGCAACCCGGUGCCAAGGUCGGCAAUGCGACAGUGCCUGCACCCACGCAAGGUAUUGUGCCGACAGGACCGGGCGGGUUCAAGCCCGUGCAGGCGGGUGCGGAGAGAAGCGGUAGGACGAGUGCUGGCGUGUUGUUCGGUACGGUUCUCAUUGGUUUACUGUUCUGA